CUUAGUUGGUUUGGUAGUUCUACUCCUCCUCACUUGCGAAUCGAAGCUUUACAUCGUUUUUGCCUAUAUACAUACACGAUCCGAAUCAAGAACACGCCCGCCGCCGAUCAGGUCGCCGUCGACAUGGGGAAUUGCUUUUGUUGCCCCGACGCCGCCGCCGCCGCCGACGAGAAGCCGGCGGGUGGGGGCAAAGGGACGACGGUGUCUGCCGGGACGGGAGGAGGAGGCGGCCGCGGUGGCGGAGGAGGAGGUGGUGGGAGGGAGGAGUACAGCCGGUGGCCGAGCAAGGGGAGCAGCGACGGCGGUGGGGAGGCGGGGCGGGUGCUCGACGCGCCGAGGCUGAGGGUGUUUACGCUGGCGGAGCUCCGGGCGGUGACGCGGGGGUUCAAGCCGGAGAUGGUGCUCGGCGAGGGCGGCUUCGGGCCGGUGUACAAGGGCUGGGUCGACGAGCGCACUCUCAACCCGGCCAAGAGCUCCGCCGGUGUCGUCGUCGCCGUCAAGAAGCUCAACCCGGAGAGCGUCCAGGGCCUGCACGAAUGGCAGUCGGAAGUCAACUUCUUGGGCAGAUUGGUGCAUCCAAAUCUUGUGAAGCUGCUGGGAUAUUGCAGAGAAGAGAGGGAGCUGCUGCUGGUGUACGAGUUCAUGCCGAGAGGAAGCUUGGAAAACCAUCUAUUCAGGAGAGCACUUGAUCCUCUGUCAUGGAGUCUAAGGCUCAAGAUCGCCAUUGGAGCAGCUCGCGGCCUCGCCUUCCUGCACUCGUCGGAGCGGCAGAUCAUUUACAGGGAUUUCAAGGCUUCCAACAUCCUCCUCGACGUGGAUUACACGCCGAAGUUGUCAGACUUCGGGCUCGCCAAGAACGGGCCGGUCGCCGGCAGGUCGCACGUGACGACGCGGGUGAUCGGCACGUACGGCUACGCCGCGCCGGAGUACGUCGCGACCGGCCAUCUGUACGUGAAGAGUGACGUAUACUGCUUCGGCGUGGUGCUCCUGGAGCUGCUCACGGGGCUGCGCGCGCACGACCUGAACCGGCCCAGCCACCAGCAGAACCUGGUGGAGUGGGCGCGGCCGUACAUCGCCGGUGGCAAGAAGCUGGCGGGGCUGAUGGACCAGCGGCUGGCCGGCGACUACCCGGCCAGGGCGGCGGCCCGGGCGGCCAAGCUCGCCGACAGGUGCCUCUGCGGCGACCCCAAGAGCCGGCCGUCCAUGGACGACGUCGUCGCGGCGCUCCAGGAGAUCGAGUCCAUGGGCGCCGCGCGGCCGCCGGCGUCGAGGCUGCCGCCGCGCGCCCCCGUCGCGCACCGGUCGCCGCACCGAAACCCUUCGAAGCCGCGGUGAACUUGAGAUUGUUCUGCAGACUAAUUAACAUGAACCGAAUUGUAUUGAUUCUUUUGGUUUCUACGGCGCGUGUCAUCGUUAACAAUCUCACUUUGCAAAGAGCAAUUUUCACAUUCUUAGAUGAGAUGAGGUAGCUCUGUUUUAUAUAUAAAAUUUAAUACCUUUUGGUAUUUGAAGUGAGAUAUCAAAUUUUACCUUAUGAUAUCUUUUUUAAGGACGAUAAGAUUGCUCCAUUGCAAAUGAUGAAACUCUGGGAUCCAUAAGUAGUGGUAGCGAUGAACCGAGUCCCUUUCCGGGUAGGGAUCGGUCAGGAGAGCGACAAGAUGAUCCAGACCUGUGCAUUCAGGAGAAGCACAUAUAUACGUGACUUGAUUUUUGGAAUAAAUGCAGUGUAGAUUUGAGGACAGAAAUACGCAGAUUAACCUCGGAAGUUCUGACAUGCUCAGGUACAGUUUCAUUUUUCUCCUUUGUACAUUCCCUCGCCUAUCUAUGUAUCUCUUUCGUUUCCUUUCUCAUUCUCUUAUUAAUAUUCUCUAUUACAGUAACGAUGUAAUCUUGUAUUCACUCAAAACUGUUAGUGAAA